CGCUCGGACCGCAAUCCAAACUCCCCUCAUAUACCUGCGCACAGCAUCCAGAGCUGCGUUCCUCCAACAGGACAGUCGCACUGCAGCAAGCUGAGUGGAGCUGACGGAAAAUACUUUUUACAGCCGAGAAGUCAUCCCGCAUCAGCUGAAAUGCUGCUGAGAAGAAGCCGAAAUGUCGAAAUACUUCCACUUCUCAUUGAAGUCUGCCGCCUUACUCUGGCAUUCCCCACACAAACUCCAUCUGCAUUUGAAGAUGUCCGGCAGCUCCAGGUGAACAUCCCUCACUCAGGUCCGAUUUCCGCCCCACUGGGCAGCUCCAUCUCCAUCCCCUGCUUGGUGUCUCUGCCUCUUCCUCCCCUGUUGCACCGCCGGGUCAAGUGGACCGUGGUGUCUGGUGGCGUGGAGACGCAGAUCUUGGUGGCGCAGGGUCAAAGGGUGAAGGUCAAUGUGGUGUACCGAGACCGCGCUACCUUGCUCAACUACACUUCCUCCCCUGAUGAUCUGUCACUGUGGCUGGGAGACUUACGCUCCAGUGACUCGGGUCACUAUCGCUGCGAGGUGCAGCAGGGCCUGGAGGAUGCCAGCGACCUCGUACAACUCAAAGUCAAAGGUGUCGUAUUCCACUACAGAGAUGCUUUGGGCCGCUAUGCGUUUUCUUUCCAUCAGGCCCAGAGGGCUUGUGAGGCCAUUGGGGCACAAAUCGCGACUCCUGACCAGUUGCUGGCGGCUUAUUAUGACGGCUAUGAGCAGUGUGAUGCAGGCUGGCUGGCAGACCAGUCUGUCAGGUACCCAAUCCAAGUGCCCCGUGAAGGUUGUUAUGGAGACAUGAAUGGUCAACCAGGAGUGAGAAACUAUGGGACAAUGGAUCCAGAUAAUCUAUUUGAUGUUUACUGUUAUGUGGAGGAAGCUGACGGGGAGUUGUUUUAUGACUCCAUCCCACAGCAGUUGUCAUUUGAUGAAGCGCAGUCAUACUGCAGAGCUGGAGGAGCAGAGCUGGCUACAACAGCACAGCUGUACUUGGCAUGGAGUGAAGGUCUGGAUCGUUGCAGCCCUGGCUGGCUGUUGGAUGGCAGUGUGCGCUACCCCAUCAUAGCCCCGAGAGAGCGCUGUGGAGGGCCCCAGCCAGGCGUCAAAACCCUCUAUCGCUUUAGCAACCAAACUGGCUUCCCAGAGCCAUCCAGCCUUCAUGACAUGUAUUGUUUCAAAGAUAGUAAAAUUACUCCCACCGACUCUCCCAUGGACUAUGUGGCCACAGAGCCUGAGGACAUUGGACAAGAUGUUGUUAUUCUUAUGAAAACAGAUCAAGAGCUGCAACUGAACCAACAUUCAGAACAGGUGGAGCUCAAAGCUCAAAGGGUAUUCGAAUCUUUUCCCCUUUUCUCCAGCUCUUCCACUGAGGCAAAUGACACGCACCCAACAGUUAGAUCAGACACAACAGAGUCUCCUCUCCACACCACACCUACAGAGAAUCUCCUCCAGGCAUUGAAUGAAACUUCAUCUACCACAGAAAUGAGCUCCCAGCAUCCUACAGCACUUAUGAACAGCACUAUCAACACCACAGACACCUACGAUUUCCCACAAAACACGUCAUUACUGCCCAGCGUUUACAAUGAGACAGAUUUCCACCGUAACUUGAACUUCACCUUUCACCAGUCUGAGCCUGAAAGCACCACAGGGUUUCCCGAACCAUCAUAUGAACCUCAGACACAUAACCAAACCAUUCCAGACACUCAUCCUGAACAGAAUACAUCUGAGAGGCCAAAAGAUUCCCAAGAAAUACAAAAGACCAACUUGCAUUUUGACAGAUCGCAAGCCAAUUAUAGUGAAAAAAACAGCAAUCAUGCUCAAGAGGAGAGCUUCUGGGAGUUGACCUCAAUGACCCUUGACCCCGUGGUUCAAAUGAAGAUGGAGGAGGCAGCAGUAGAAGAUUCUGUGCAGGUGUUACUCUCAACUCAGGCCUCAAAAGAAGAAGGAGAACUUCUUACACAACCAGCUCAAACUACAAAAUCUUCCAUUAAAGAGCUAACCUCAUUGUGGGCAAUUCUGGAUGGGUCUGGAGAUUUUUCUCAAGAAAGUGACCUUGACGUCGAAGCAGUCGGCUUCAUCUCCACAUCAGAUUGUUCAACUUCUGGCUUUACCACUGCAAUCCCCGAUCUAACCCUCUCAUCUGGGUCACGGCAUUCUGACAAACCAGGCUUGGAUAUCCUCGCCACAGCACCACAGUUGUGGGAGUCCUCCAUUUCUAGACAAGAGGGAAGUACAAGUUUAGAAUUUGAAGAAACAGUCACUUUGGAAAGUGACGAAAAACUUGUUUCUGGAGUACGCUUAGCUACUACUGAGUCUCCAAAGGAGUCGAACACCACCCAGUUGCCUACUGAUUCCUCCAAAGCACGAUUUCGCACAUCAGGUUACAGACUGUAUUUGGAUACUGUGACCACUGGGUAUGAAGAGGCAAGUGGACAUGAACUUGCUACAGUUACUGCAACCCUUGGAGAAGAUGUUAAAGUUGUCCCAACCUUUAAAGGGGAUGUUAAAGUUAGCCAAAUCAUUGAAGAGGAAAAUAAAAUUACCCCAACUCUUGAAGAGGAAGUUACAGUAACCCCAAUCCUUGAAGAAGAAAAUGAAGUCUCCACAACUCUUGAAGAAAAAGCUAAAGUUUCCCUUUUUCUGGAAGAAGCUAACGUUGCCCCAAUCCUUGAAAAAGAAGUUAACGUUACACCAACCAUUGCCCUUGAAGAAGAAGUUACCGUUACCCCAACCCUUGAAGAAGUUAGUGUUACCCCAACGCUUGAAGAAGAAUUUGACGUUAUCCCAACCCUAGAAGAAGAAGCUAGCGUUGACCCAACCCUUGAAGAAGUUAACAUUACCCCAACCCUUGAAGAAGAAGCUAGCGUUGAUCCAACCCUUGAAGAAGAAGCUAGUGUUGCCCCAACCCUUGAAGAAGUUAACAUUACCCCAACCCUAGAAGAAGAAGCUAGCGUUGACACAACCCUUGAAGAAGAAGCUAGCGUUGCCCCAACCCUUGAAGAAGUUAACAUUACCCCAACCCUAGAAGAAGAAGCUAGCGUUGACCCAACCCUUGAAGAAGAAGCUAGUGUUGCCCCAACCCUUGAAGAAGUUAACAUUACCCCAACCCUUGAAGAAGAAGCUAGUGUUGCACCAACCCUUGAAGAAGAAGAUAGCGUUGACCCAACCCUUGAAGAAGAAGCUAGUGUUGCCCCAACCCUUGGAGAAGAAGCUAGUGUUACCCCAACCCUUGGAGAAGAAGCUAGUGUUACCCCAACCCUUGAAGAAGAAGAUAGUGUUGCCCCAACCCUUGAAGAAGAAGCUAGUGUUACCCCAACCCUUGAAGAAGAAGUUAACAUAACCUCAACUUCUAACUGGGAUCUCCUGACCACCACAACUGGACCCCAGGAGUCUCUGAAUGAUCUUGAGUACAGCAGAAAAAAUCCCUCCAUCACCUCCACAGCAGUUCCUGAUUCUUCCUCAGGUACAAAACCCACUGCUGCUACCACAAAGACGACCACCAUCACAAGCACCACGCACUGGUCCAGACGCACCUGGAGCCCGACCACCUCAGCACCCAAUGUUUUCCACAAGACAGCUGAGCCCCAGAAGGUGACAGCCUUCAUACCACCAGUGGAUCAAGGUCUGGUGGAUGUUGAGUUUAGUCUCACCCAGCCGCCCACCCUGCUUAUCUUGCCCAAUGAGAGGGCAGCUGUAGGCGGAACAGGGAAAAUUUCAGAUGCAUGUUUGGACGAUCCCUGUCUCAAUGGAGGCACCUGUACUGACCGAGAUGGGCAGAUUCAAUGUCUUUGUUUGCCAACAUAUGGAGGAGACUUCUGUCACACUGACUUGGAGCGAUGCGAACCGGGUUGGGAUAAGUUCCAGGGUUUCUGCUACCGACACUUCAGCCAGCGUCUGAGCUGGGAGGUCGCAGAGCAGCACUGUCGCAUGCUGGGAGCUCAUCUGGUGUCUGUCAUAACCCCUGAGGAACAGAGUUACAUCAACAACAACUACAAAGAAUACCAGUGGACCGGUUUGAAUGAUAAGACCAUUGAGGAUGAUUUCCGCUGGUCUGAUGGCAACCCACUGCUGUAUGAGAACUGGUACAGAGGGCAGCCAGACAGCUAUUUUCUGUCUGGAGAAGACUGUGUAGUGAUGGUGUGGCACGAUGAUGGACGCUGGAGUGACGUACCCUGCAACUAUCACCUUGCAUACACCUGCAAGAAAGGCACCUCCUCAUGUGGUCCUCCACCCAAGGUCCGAAACGCCUCCAUCUUUGGAAAAGUUCGACAAAGAUACGAGACCAACGCAGUUGUGCGUUAUCACUGCGCCAAGGGUUUCCAGCAGAGACUAAAUCCUCUGAUCAGAUGCCUGUCUGCAGGAAGGUGGGAGAGGCCCCAGGUCCUGUGCAUCCCUGAGGCCGGAGGUCCAAUUCAACACCCUGAAGUGACAUCACUGACCAGCAGCAACUCUGCUGCCAUUGAAGAUGACUUUGAAGCCACUAAAGAGACACCACAGUACUGGGACAUCAAGUUUUAAAAGUCAGCCAUGCUUUCCUUCCUUGUCUUCCUUUCCUAAAUUCUGCUGUUGUAACAUAACAAGGUGCCAAGAAUCAAAUCCUUUUUACCAAUGAACGCUCAAACAGGACAAAAUGAACCACAGACGCAGAAAGACACAAACUGAAGCUUCCUUUCAGCCAAGAAGCCUGAAUGCACAGACAGGCGUUGUUUUCUUUUAAUGGAGUUAAACAUUCCUACUUUUUGAUGACCUUUUCUACUGUACUUUGUUUUAUUGUUCUGACUAGCAGAGCGCCAAAUAGCUUAAAGAAAGAAAGAAGAAAUACAGUAGGCUAAACUCCUAAUUAUUGUCAGCUCCAAAUCUACAGAAAGAACUCUUCUCUUUGUGGUUUUUGUUAUAUCAGGAACCUUUUUAUAAAUGGUGCUAAUGUCUUUAAAAACCUUUGUCUCCAACCAAGAUAUUUGUUUUCCCUGCUUUGUCAAAGAAUCUAAUGACUCCAAAGCACAAAGUCAAUCUUAAGAAAUUGUCAAUAAGUACUGUACAUAUAUUCAUUUUCACACCUGUUAUUAUUGCUGUCCACAUUCUUCUGAGGGAAACCUUUUAUUUCCAGCAGACGCAGUUUUGUUCGUCAGCUUUAUGUUGUAAUAAAGUUUUGUAGAACAGAGCAAAGAAUAAAUCGUUCUCUAAUGUUACCUUUA